AUGCAUUCAAUUUUAUUCGAUAUUCAUUUUGUUUCAAUGAAUUAUAUGCUACUAAAGAACUAUUUAAGUAGUUUAAAAUUUUUAUUUAAAAUAAAAUACAACAAUAUGUGUUUAAUUGCUAUCAUUGAAAGAUUUUUACCAGAAAAUUAUUUCAAUUCUGGUUUAAUCGAUGCUCAAGUUGAUCAGCUUGUAUUGAAAGAAAUAGUACAUGAAAAAUUACCCCGACUAUCCACACACAUCAAACGUUUGGGUAUUGAUAUAUCAGCUGUGACAUUAAAUUGGUUUUUGGCGGUAUUCUAUGAUUCAGUACCUUUUGAAACAUUGAUACGUAUUUGGGAUGUGUUUCUACUGGAAGGUUCUGAAACAUUAUUUCGAUUUGCAGUGGCAAUUUUAAAACGUAAUCAAAAUAUGCUGUUGGAACAACACGAUACAAUCAGUUUUUGGAAAUGUUUAAAAGCAACCACACGAUUAACUUAUGAUGUGGAUGGUUUGAUUAAAACAGCUUUUGAAGAACUUCGUCCAUUUCCUAAACCACAACUCAUUGCCACUCGUCGUGCAUAUCAUUAUGAAAUAUUAAAUAAGAAAAUGUUUAUUAAAAAAGGAUAUUGGCAAAAUGUUAUGAAAGGAUCAUCGGAUGAAUUUAUCGAUAAUCAUCAUCAUAUUCAAUACAAACGAUCGAAUAAAGAAAAUCAAGCUGUCAUACAAGCAAUCACAUUUUAUGAUAAUGAACAUUUAUGGAUUUGUUAUGGGGAUAAAUCAUAUAGUCAAAUAUCAGAAGUUGUUGUUACAACUAAUUGUAUGCAAAGUAUUGGUUAUGAAUUGGAAUCACGUGUCAGUUGUAUGUGUGCAUUUAAUCCUGAAAUCAUUCUACUUGGAAUGAUGUCGAAACAAUUGUGCGCUUAUUCAAUUAAACAAAAGUAA